AUGUCGUCUUCCUACGCUAUGAAGUCAAUGGGCUCUAAAGCCUUUAAUCAUUCCUCUUCGAAUGAUGCUGAAGCUGAAUAUGACCGACUGCGCGACCUCGCUCACAAAGAAGCUGCCAAACGCUCUCAAUGUUUCGAUCAAUCACGUCAAGCUUACACUUCCGGCGACGGUGCCAGAGCUCACGAAUUAAGUGUCGAAGGGAAGAAACACGCGGCGCAAAUGGACGCAUACAAUAAACAGGCAUCAGACUACAUAUUUCGAGAGAACAAUGCCCAAGGCAGAGUCGGAGACGAUGAAAUCGAUUUGCAUGGACAGUAUGUUGAGGAAGCAGAGAGCAUUGUGGAGGAAAGAAUAAGAUAUGCUCGACAACAGGGACAAACCCAUCUACAUGUUAUUGUCGGAAAGGGAAAUCAUAGCAAAGAUCAUGUCCAAAAGAUCAAGCCGAAAGUGGAAGAGAUUUGUAGGGAGUUGGGUUUGCAAUAUGCGACUGAAGAGAACGCGGGAAGGAUGUAUAUUAACCUGCAAGGCGGUGCUGCAGUUAUACCACCCGUCGGAGGAAGUCAUGGGGGACAGCAACAUCAUGGUGGUCAGCAGCAAUCUGGACACCAACAACCCUCUUACCAGCAACCUCAGCAAGGAUAUCAACAACCUCAACAGAGUGGAUAUCAACAAGGAGGGUACCAGCAAGGCGGUCAACAACAACACCAGCAGCAGCAAGAACAACAAAACAACGACGACAACAACGACGAAUUGGAGAAAUUGGCAAAGAAAUUUCUCCCAAGAAUAUUACGGAAGGCAGAAAAAGCUUGUUGCGCGGUUAUGUAA